AGCUGCGCUCGGCGUCCUGCGCCCCGCCCCCGAGGAGCGCCGCGCGCUGCGGAAGGGCGCGCGGAGGCGGAAGGUGGCGAGGCGGGGCGCCGCCGCAGGAAACCUCCGAGCGGUGCCGGUGUUCGGCGGCCAUGGUGCGGCUUUACAACUUGCACCCGUUCGGGUCGCAGAGAGUAGUGCCCUGCAAGCAGGAGCCGGCGCAGUUCUGCCGCGGCCGCGACGUGCUGUUCGCGGCCAGCGCGGCGGCCAGCUGCGGGGUGGAGGUGUUCGCCGUACGCCGCGAGGGCCGCUGCGAGCCCUUGGGCUCCUUCGCCACCCUGGGCCCCGUGCUGCGCAUGGCGCACAGCCGUGCAGGUCAGUGCCGGGCGGGUGGCCUCUGCGAGCGCGGAGCCCGGAGCUGCUGCCUGGCCGCGGCGUCUCCUCUGAGAAGAGCGCUGCUCUUACAGUGGGCCCCCGUCGAAGUAGCGUCGGAGCUCUGGAGCCGUGUGUUUUCCUUUAACAGAGACUAUUUGGUGACGAUUGAAGAGAAAAGCAAAGCAACUUUCCUAAGAGCUUAUGUGAACUGGCGAUGCAUGUCUGCAGGCAGUUCUCGUGUUUGUGUCCGGAUGGUGGGUCACAAGAUGGAGGAGUCGUACACCGAAACCUUAAAAGAGCAGAUGUCGAUAGUGGAAAUGGCACUUUCAGAUCCUCCGCUGUGUAUUUCAUGUUGUCCUGUAAAUGGAGAUCUUCUUGUGCGCUGCAGGAAUAAGCUAGUCAUGUUCUGUUUGAAAUACCUGGUCAUAAACCAGACUUUGACAGUAUUAGACUUUGAACGCUCCUUGAUUUUACACACUGAUAACUUCAUUCCUGCCGAAGUUGCAUUUUGCGCUAGGCACAUAGCGAUAACAACAGAGUUGGAUGUUCUAAUCCUGAAACUGGACCUGGUCCAGCAUAGUGCAGACAGGGGAGAGCAAUGCUGGUGUCUUCUGGUGAGCUCAACCCAAGGGCAUUUUACACCAGACCAGUCCCCUUUUGGCUUUUGUGAAGAGACGAAGCUGCACCCUGUUCAGUUCCUCCCUGUUUACCAGGCAGGGAGUUCUAUGACAGCAAAUGAGGAAACUGAGAAGAGAGAACUACUGAGUCUCUUCUGCUUUUUUUCUUUGCCUCAUGUUGGAUAUCUCUACUCUGUUGGGAAGUUAGUAGAACUGAUUUCUACUUACCAGUGCUCGGAGAGGUCAGAGCAGGCAGUUCUUACUCCACAGUUCCUGCAUGUCAUUACAAGUGAGAGCCUGCAGUGUUACACAGUGCGGUGCAGUGCAGCAGCAGCUCGUGAUGAAGAUCCAUGCAUUGAUACAACUGUGAAGGUUUGGUUCAAGUACUGAAGCGGUGCAUUUUCUGGGAAGCACAAAGCCAUGGAACUAUACGUAUGACUCCAGAACAAAAAGUGUAGAAGGCAAUAUCAAUGACCCUAAAAUUGUUCACCCAGAAUUCCUCAACAUGUGGUGGGACACCUAUACAGUUAAUAUUUUACCCUUACUAGAACAGAAAGAAGUUGAUGAAGAAAAUACCACAAGUGCAAACCUGGAAAGCUGCACAGUCCCUGCUUGUUGGUGAUGCUUGGUGCUAUGCAUGAGAACAUCUACUUGGUUGCCCUCUUAUGUGGCCUGUUGCUUGCUUAAAGUAUGCAAAAUCUGUCUGUAUUUUUUAGUCUGCCUUUUAUUUUAGGCAGAGGUUACAGAGGCAGUGUCCCAUAUGUCGGUAUCGGCACCACCACCACCAGUAUUACCAACCAUAUCUUCAGAAGAACGCAAGGCUCGGUGGGAACAAGGCCAAGCUGACUAUAUGGGAGUGGAUUCUUUUGAUAACAUCAAGAAGAAACUGGACUCCUACCUUCAGUCGAAGUGCCAUUUUCAAACACUGGCACUACAAGGACUUGUUCCAGAACUAACAGCUAGGAAAGGUUGUAGAUGAUGGACAAUUAUGCUUGCGAGUAGCUUGAUGGAAAAAAUUCUUGGCUGAAGGCCUCUGCAGUGCUACAGAUAAAGACAGUGCUACAGAUAAAGCAAGAGCUAGGAAGCAGAAUUCAUUUUCCUUAUGUUGUGAUCAGCUGGCUCAAUGUAUUCAUUGAAACUGGGUUUGCACCUUAGCUCAUUAAGGUGAUUAGCAGUGACUCCUUUGCUUGCUAUUUUAGGUCUCAAAUGUGAUUUGUGAGAUUGCUCAUACACUAAAUGAUUGCCAUUCUGCUUUACCAUUAGUGAGAGAUAAAAGUAAUAGCACUGCUUUGAUCUUCUAGUCCCAAUUGCACUGAUGUUUUGACCAGGUUUUUACACAUAGUGCCUACAGCGUGGCAGAAUGCAUUUGUUCAGUUCUGUAUUCUUCAGGCUUAGUAAACGGAGUUUUUCUCUUACUUGAAAUCUUCAUGCAAAAAUAAAAACUUGUCAUGCUUUUCUGUUUUUUUUUGUAAACUCUUGAGAAAAUAAAAAAGAGAUCUUUGGAGCAAUCUAAAAUAACCCAACUUUGUUCAUUCCAUUCUAGCUAUCAUUAACAAAUGUCCAGCUUCUAGUUCUGUAAUUUUUAAUGGAGUAUGUAAUCAAGUGCCAGGUUGCUGCUGGAAGAAGUACCUGCAGAAUGGAGCUAAGAGAAUCUGUAUUUUGGUUACUGAAGAACAAUCUGUAACGUGAUACUGUUUUUAAAACAAACAGUAGUGAUGCUAUCUUGGCAAGUAAAGAUGAAGUAGCUGUACCUACACGGGUUAGGAAAACUCUCUCUUCCUUGUGUGCAUGGCCACCAUCAUGCCACGCGCUAUAUUUUGAGACAGAGAAAAGUAGUAAAAGUACAAGACAAAACUCACAGUGACAGCCUUCUGAAGAGAGGGUGGCUGCUGUUUGCCUUUAGUUCAGAUCCAUCCUUUAGCUACAAGUGUAAACAGAACCGAAUUACUUAGCAUUCAGUGUGGUACCUGUAAUCUGUAUUAGUCCAGAGACAUGUAUUUUCUUAUAUCUUUAUAAAGGAGGAUUUUGGCAGGAAGCUAGUAAGGGUUGUUCAGCUUUAAUCCUGGAGAUAAACAAUUAGCAACCUGCUACUGUUUGCUGGUAAGGAGAAGCUAUGAUCUGCAUGUGAGAGUUAAUUGAGGUCCUGGUCAUUGUUCAGCAAAAAAAUGGUAAAAAGGAGGUCCAGGUCAAAGUAACUUACAGCUAUUUAAAAGUUAAUAGCAUUUGAACUCUCAGUCAUAAUGUUACAACUAACCACUUUUUUUUUAUUUAUUUAUUAUUAUUUGAAGUUGUUUGGAAGCAGGAAGAGUUAGUAAUUACAAUCUACAGUGACAAAAUAUACUUUACCCAGCAAGUACAAACACUGAAGUUUGGCAUGCACACAAAUAUUCUCUGGGUAACUUUAAAG